AUGCAAUUAGUGAUUAAUCAAUCCCGAUUCUUGCGGAGCCCAUCAAGCCGACAAGAAUUAUUAACGUCAAGUUUGGGAAUCGCUGAAGCUGUGACGAAUCAAACAUGCGACCCUGAUAGUACCGUGAAAAAAGUAAUCGACAUCCAGUUUCCUCGUUUUGACCCUGAAGAUGAUCAAGAUACGCUUGAUAUACGCGGAGUUUUUCCGAAUGCGCCAUCGAAAAAGGAUAUGCUUGAAAAGGAGGAAAGAUUUUCUUUUACCACAUUCACAGCCUUCUUGCUCGCUUGGCUUCUCUCUUCAUCAAACUUUCCUUUCUCAGCGUUGGUGGAUGUUGAGAUUACGGUUGACCAUUCCGAAAGCAAUGUGACAUUUUGCGAAAAGACACACCGACGCUAUAAGUAA